AUGGUAACCGAUGCUAACCAAAAGGUUUUGCCUCUCGCCUUCGCUAUUAUGGACAAGGAGUCAGGGGCUAGUUGGGGGUGGUUUUUAGAGUGUCUCAGGAUUUCCAUAGAGCAUGUCAUACCUAACGAUGACAUUUGUAUUAUUUCUGACCGACAUAAAGGUAUUAAAUGUGUCAUUCGAGAGUGGCCUAGACGUGAGGACGGAAGAGAACAGGUAUAUCACCGAUAUUGCCUUCGACAUGUUGCUAGCAACUUCAACAGACACUUUGAUUACCCGAUUCUAAAGGCAUUGGCCUUGAAAGCUGGAUAUGCGAGUAAUGAAGCUAAAUUUAAGUCCAUAAUGGAAACCAUUAAGGAGGCCGAGAUUAAUUUACUGAGGGGUGUAGACCCUACUGAUACGCGGAUUGAACGUUAUAUGCUGUACACAUAUCUAGUGAGUGAGGAUGUGGAGAAAUGGACCCAGUCACAUGAUGGUGGAAGACGUUACGGGGCAAUGACAACCAAUAUCUCCGAGUGCUUUAAUGGGGUACUUAAAGGUGCCCGCGGUUUGCCCAUUGCUGCAAUGGUUCAUUUCACUUGGUGCAAACUUGUUGCAUAUUUCCACGAUCGACAUAAACAAAUUACUUCUGAUCUCUCUCGAGGUAAGCUGUGGAGUGAUUAUGCAAUGGAGAUCUAUAGCAGAAAUGAGCAGAAAAUUGCAGGACACACUGUGAGGAAUUUUAAUCAUGCAGAGGGUGUAUAUCAGGUGGUUACCUCGUACAAUGACCAUAGAGGUGGAGGGGGAAACCACAGUCAUGAAGUGCGCAUAUUUGCUAGAACAUGUGGUUGCAGAAAGUGGCAAAACUUGAAGAUCCCUUGUUCACAUGCAAUUAAAGUUCUUUAA